AUGGACGGUCCCGGAAACAACGAUGGUGCGCAGCCGUACGCAGCCAUGGCUGGGAAGCUGGACCCCAAGCUCCUGCAAGCCGUCAAGGUGAUGGGGUUUGACUAUAUGACACCUGUCCAACACCGCGUGUUAACAGAGCUUCCAAGCUGGCGCAGUGACUGCCUGGUCCAGGCCAAGACUGGCACAGGCAAAACCCUUGCCUUUUUGCUACCUACAUUGCACUGUUUAGUUCAAGGCCAUUCGGCUCCACCAAGAGGCCAGGUCGCGAUCUUGAUCAUCACGCCAACACGAGAGCUUGCUCAGCAAAUUGCAAAGUCAUGCGAUCAGCUUACCUCGCAAUUGGCGACACCUCGUGAGUGCCACAUUGCAGUGGGUGGAACGGCUCGGGCAUCUGCUCUGUCGCGUUUCAUGAAGGGAGCACCGUCCAUCCUUGUAGCAACUCCAGGACGCCUGAAGGAUUACCUGUCAGAACCCUCUACUGCUGAAAAGUUGUCGAACAUUCAAACGCUGAUUUUGGAUGAAGCCGACACGAUGCUUGAGAGUGGCUUCCUCGCUGAUGUGAAGCGAAUCCUCCAACUCAUUCCACCAAAGAGCACUGGCUGGCAAGGUAUGUGCUUCUCAGCCACUGUGCCACCCAAAGUCAAGGAUGUGGUUAGUGUAGUGUUGAAGCCAGGCUAUACGAGCAUUUCGACAAUUGAAAAGAAUGAAGCGCCAACGCAUGAGAGAGUACCCCAGUACCACGUGUUGAUACCGUCCGUGGCAGACACCUUUACUACGCUUGCCUCCCUUCUCAAUCUUGAAAUCAAGACCAGCUCUAAAAUCAUUGUCUUCGGGGUCACGGCAAACAUGGUUGCUCUUUUCGCUGCAGCCUUUUCUCAAGGCUUGACGCCUUUGAGGGUGUUUGAAAUCCACUCGAGGCUGAGCCAGAGCGCUCGCACGAAAACUACGGCUCAAUUCAAGGAGGCAGCAACAGGCAUCAUGUUCGCCUCAGAUGUUAUUGGUCGUGGCAUGGAUUUCCCGAAUGUCGACUUGGUCAUUCAGGUUGGUCUGCCAUCGAACGGCGAACAGUACGUUCAUCGUGUCGGUCGUACAGCCCGCGCGGGCAAUGAUGGCCGUGCUAUCAUCCUCCUCACCGAAGCCGAGUCUUUCUUCAUGAAGGUCAACCGUCACUUGCCCAUCCAGCCCCAUCCCCAGACUGACACGAUCAACGCGGGCGCUUCCUUAUGCGCCGAUGCCGUCACUCAGGCCAUGUACAGUAUUGGCGAGGACACAAAGCAACGUGCUUACUCGUCCUACAUAGGUUUCUUUGCUGGAUCGGGUCUCCUGAAGCAGCUUCGUAUGGACAAACCCGGCCUUGUUCAACUCGCCAACGAGUUGGCCAUAAAAGGCAUGGGAUGUCCUGAGCCUCCACCAAUGGAUAAAAAGAUCAUUGGCAAGAUGGGGUUGAAGGGUGUACCUGGAUUUAACUAUGCAAGUGGAAAUGACUUGAAUGGAGACCGUCCAGCUAGACCACGCGGCCGCCCUGGGAAUAAGACUCGUGAUGUAUUAAGUCCCGGAGCUGGUCAAGGAGACCGCAGAGGUUCAGUCUCGAAGAAACGUGGAGGAGGUCGCGGUGGAGGGCGUGGGGGACGUGGAGGGCGUGGCGGGAAGCCGAAAGCAGCAUAG